AUGCCUUUGCCUGUGCCCGAUGUCCCAGCCACGCAGAGACUGGCACUGGACUGCCGUACCAUUUUGGACCAUCGUGGUGGCAAGAGAGUUUGUGGUUGUUGUGGGGCACUCAGGCCCAGAUACAAACGGCUCGUUGACAACAUUUUCCCAGAAGACCCAGAGGAUGGGUUAGUCAAAGCCAACAUGGAGAAGCUGACAUUCUACGCCCUGUCGGCUCCAGAGAAACUGGACCGUAUCGGGGCAUACCUGUCGGAGAGACUGUCCAGGGACGUGGCCCGACACAGAUAUGGUUAUGUGUGCAUCGCCAUGGAGGCUCUGGACCAACUGCUAAUGGCCUGUCACUGCCAGAGCAUCAACUUGUUUGUAGAAAGUUUCCUUAAAAUGGUCCGGAAGCUUUUGGAGUCAGACAAACCCAGUCUGCAAAUCCUUGGGACCAACUCGUUUGUAAAGUUUGCCAACAUAGAAGAGGACACACCUUCGUAUCACCGCAGCUAUGACUUCUUUGUGUCGCGCUUCAGUGAAAUGUGUCACUCCAGCUAUGAGGACCCUGAUGUCCGCACAAACAUUCGAAUGGCGGGUAUCAGAGGUCUUCAGGGCGUAGUGAGAAAGACGGUGAAUGAUGAACUUCAGGCAAAUAUCUGGGACCCACAGCACAUGGACAAAAUUGUGCCAUCUCUCUUGUUCAACCUGCACAGCGGAGAACGCACAGAGAGCCGCUCCCCCUCUCCACUGCAGGCGUCGGAGAAGGAGAAGGAGAGCCCCGUGGAUCUGACCGAACGCUGCUUCCGAGAGUUACUGGGACGGGCUGCGUAUGGAAACAUCAAGAACGCCGUCAACCCCGUGCUCACGCACCUGGAUAAUCACUGUCUAUGGGAGGGGAAGACAUUUGCAGUGCGCUGCUUUAGAAUAAUCAUGUACUCUAUCCAGUCGCAGCAUUCUCACUUGGUCAUCCAGCAGCUCCUGGGUCAUCUGGACGGCAACAGUAAGAACUCUGCCACGGUGCGGGCCGGGAUUGUGGAGGUCCUGUUGGAGGCUGCAGCCAUCGCUGCCAGUGGCUCCGUGGGGCCCACCGUGCUGGAGGUCUUCAACACUCUUCUGAAGCAGCUGCGCCUCAGCGUGGAUUAUGAGCUGACUGGGACCUACGACGGCAGCACCAACAUUGGCACCAAGAUCAUCAAAGCUCAUGAGGAGAGGCAACUGCAGGAGGCAGUCAUCCGCACCAUCGGAUCUUUUGCCAAUACUUUACCAACAUACCAGAGGUCUGAGGUUAUGCUGUUUAUUUUGGGCAAGAUCCCUGGACUACAUCCUACACUGCCCCCUACUGGCUCUGGGCCCGAUGUCACUAGAAUGAUUCAAGUUAUGUUGCUCAAGUCUUUAGUGCAGGUAACAGCGGGAUACGAGACCACCAACAUGCUCACAGCGAUGCCCAGCUCCUUCCUGGAGCCUCUGCUGUCGCUUUCUCUCACGGAGGACCCCGAGGUGCGGCUUCUGGUGUUGCAAAUUCUGCUUAGUCUCAUCGACCGUAAAGACAACAGACUCAAGUUCUCCGAUGUCAGUAUCAUCUCCGACAUCUCUGUGCUGAAACUCAAAGUGGACAAGUGCUCCAGACAGGACAACUUAUUCAUGAAAAAGCAUGGGCAGCAGCUCUACCGACACAUCUACAUGGGCUGUAAAGAGCAGAGCAGUGGGCGAGAGCAUUAUCAAAGACUCUUCACUCUGCUGGCUCUCCUCAGUGUGGAGCUGGCCAAUGAGGAGGUCGUGGUGGACCUUAUCCGCCUAUCACUCGCCUUACAGGACUUGGCUUUGUCCAAUGACGAGGGAUUGCCUGUCUAUAACCGCUGUGCUGUUCACGCCCUGGUGGCUGCCUACCUCAACCUGAUCUGUCAGCUCACGACUGUCCCAGCGUUCUGCCAACACAUCCAUGAGGUGAUUGAGAUGAGACAGAAGGAAAGCCCCCACCUUUUACCAGAGGACGUGUUCAUCGACAAUCCAAAACUGCCUUCUUCACUGGAGAAAGUGGGGGGGGACAUUUUGUUCCUUCAAUCCAAAAUCACGGAGGUCCUUGGAGGCAGUGGCUAUAACACAGAGCGGUUAGGCACACCGUAUGUGCCACAGUACACAGAUGAGGACCGCCUGUCAAAGAGGAAGAGUAUUGGAGAAACUAUCUCACUGCAGGUGGAAGUGGAGUCUCGAAACAGUCCGGAGAAAGAAGAGAGAACACCAGCGGAAGAAAUCACCUUUGAGACCCUGAAGAAUGCCAUUGUGGACAGUGUUGGGAUGGAAGAGCAGGAGCGAGAGCGACGGAGACUUGUUGUGGAGAAGUUUCAGAAAGCUCCUUUUGAAGAAAUAGCUGCCCACUGUGGCGCUAGGGCCUCAAUGCUGCAGAGCAAACUCACUCAAAUCUUUGAAAUUACAAUCAGACCACCUCCAAGCCCAUCUGGAACCAUUUCAUCUGGUUUUGGCCAAACACAAAGUCGCUCCAUUCCCAUAUACGAAAUGAAGUUCCCCGACCUCUGUGUGUACUAG